CGGGACGCGGGGCGAAGAGAGACAAGGCUGUCUGCGUCGGGAUGCUGCGCCUGGGGAGGCUGUGCGCCGGCAGCACGGGAGUACUGGGGGCACGGGCCGCCCUUCCUCGGGGUGGGCAGGACGCGAAGCUGCAGGGUAUCCGUCCGCUCAGUUCCACAGAGGUGGAUCACAAAGCACCCUUGCCAAUUGGAGGUUUCAGCUAUGUUCAAGGCUACACCAAGUUUCAUCUUGUCAACAAGACCGUGGGCCAGUGUCUGGACGACACAGCAGAGAGAAUCCCGGACCAAGAGGCCUUGGUGGUCAUCCAUGAAAACAUCCGGUUGACCUUUGCCCAGCUCAAGGAGGAAGUGGAUAAAACUGCUUCUGGCCUUCUGAGCAUUGGCCUCAGCAGGGGUGACCGGCUGGGCAUGUGGGGCCCCAACUCCUAUGCCUGGGUGCUCAUGCAGUUGGCCACUGCCCAGGCGGGCAUCAUUCUGGUGUCUGUGAAUCCGGCCUAUCAGGCCAUGGAACUGGAGUACGUCCUCAAGAAGGUGGGCUGCAAAGCCCUUGUGUUCCCCAAGCAAUUCAAGACCCAGCAAUACUACAACAUCCUGCAGCAGAUCUGCCCAGAGCUGGACAAGGCCCAGCCAGGGGCCCUGAAGAGCCAGAGGCUCCCAGAUCUGACUACAGUCAUCUUAGUGGAUGCCUCUCUGCCGGGGACCUUGCUCUUGGAUGAUGUGGUGGCAGCUGGCAGCACGCAGCAGCAUCUGGCCCAGCUCCGGCAUGCCCAACAGUUCCUGUCCUGCCACGAUCCCAUCAACAUCCAGUUCACCUCGGGGACGACAGGCAGCCCCAAGGGGGCCACUCUCUCCCACUACAACAUCGUCAACAACUCCAAACUUAUUGGGGAGCGCCUGGGAAUGCCUGUGAAGAUGCCGGAAGAGAAGCGUUUGGUCCUGCCCAGCCCCUUGUACCACUGCCUGGGCUCAGUGGGGGGCACCAUGGUAUCCAUGAUGCACGGUGCCACCCUCCUCCUGUCCUCGCCGAGCUUCGAUGGCAAGAAGGCGCUGGAGGCCAUCAGCAGCGAGAAAGGCUCCUACCUGUAUGGCACCCCCACAAUGUUUGUGGACAUUCUCAACCAGCCAGACUUCUCCAAUUAUGACAUCUCGUCUGUUUCUGGAGGUUUAAUCGCGGGAUCACUUGCACCCCCGGAGCUGAUCCGAGCUAUCAUCAAGAAGAUGGAUAUGAAGGAGCUGGUGGUUGUCUAUGGAACCACAGAAAACAGUCCUGUGACCUUCAUGAACUUCCCCGAGGACACACUGGAGCAGAAGGCAGAAAGCGUGGGCAGAGUCAUGCCUCACACAGAGGCCCAGAUCGUGAACACAGAAACAGGGAAGCUGGCAGAGCUGAACACGCCCGGGGAGCUGUGCAUCCGAGGGUACUGCGUCAUGCAGGGCUACUGGGACGAGCCGCAGAAGACCUUGGAAGCAGUUAGUCAGGACAAGUGGUAUCGGACAGGAGAUAUAGCCUCAAUGGAUGAGCAGGGCUUCUGCAGGAUCGUGGGCCGCUCCAAGGACAUGAUCAUCCGCGGUGGUGAGAACAUCUACCCCGCGGAGCUUGAGGACUUCUUCCAUACCCACCCGCAGGUGCAGGAGGUGCAGGUGGUAGGCGUGAAGGACAAGCGGAUGGGGGAGGAGAUUUGCGCCUGCAUUCGACUCAAGAGUGGGCAGACGGUCACGGAGGAGGAGAUCAAAGCAUUCUGCAAAGGGAAGAUCUCCCACUUCAAGAUUCCCCGCUACAUUGUGUUUGUCAACGAGUACCCCCUCACCAUCUCCGGGAAGAUCCAGAAAUUUAAACUCCGAGAGCAGAUGGAAAGGCGGCUCAAGCUGUGAAGGAGGAGGCGGCUCUUUGCCUGCCCCUGCCCUCCCCACCAAUCCCCGGUCUUUGUGAUUUGAAAUAAAGAGCGUCUCUGUUUUCUUG